UUUCCUCUUUCUGUUCUUGGUCUACCCAAUGAUUCCUUCACACAAAGCAAACAAGUCAUGCUACUGUAGAUGUGAGGCAACAAGGUUUGCGCGAUUAGGGACUGUAAAUGAAUGAUGGAGAAGCAAAGAUGAAGACGACUUACGUAGGAAUUUGAAGAGAACAUAUGCACUUUUAUUAGGAUUCGGCUCAGCUCCUGCGAGAACCAUGAUUACUCCGGGCAUAAACCUGGUGAUGACCGUCAUUGGUUUUGCAGUCAGUACGAUGUUUAUAGUUUUCGUCUGCACGAGGCUUAUCUGUGCAAGGAUCCAGUUGAGUGCUUCCAGACGAUCCUUUCCGACGGCUUCUAGAUCUGAUCUUAGCCGAUUGGAACGUGGAGUUCACGGACUGGAGCCUGUUGUGAUAGCCACUUUUCCUACAAAGAAGUUCAGUGAUGAUUUUUUCACUUCUGGAGAAGAUUCACAAUGCACGGUAUGCCUUGCAGAGUACCAGGAGAAGGAUAUGUUACGGAUCCUACCCUACUGCGGGCAUUCCUUUCAUGUGACCUGUAUAGAUGUAUGGCUGCGGCAACAUUCUACUUGUCCUGUCUGUCGAAUUUCACUGCGAGAAUCUCCUGAAAGGAAACGUGUAAUGCAACCCAUGACUAGUUCAGCCAUCAGACCAACUUUCGGAAUGGAUUCCCUUGACUCCCAUUCUUAUCACUGUUUAUACACUAGCCAUGGACAUUCAUCUAGAACCGCAGAUGGCCAACAGAUGGAACCCAUUCAAGAGGAUCAGUUUGAAUCUAAAGUUGAUGCAGUAGCAUCAGGAGGAAUCAGUACCUCCUUGAACGUGGAUAACCAGGUCCCAAAAGACAGUGAACCUCACAAAUCAGUAGUCAAGCAUGUUGAGAGUCCAUCUAAUCCAUAGCAGGACGAUACAUUGUAUUGUAUCUGAGGCACAUUCUACUUUUAGACCUUAUACUGUAAGUGAUUGAAGGUGUUUUAACUUAUCCAGAGAUAUGACAUGGGAAGUUGAUCCGUUUUUCUCAUGGCUUACUGUACAUAUAUGGCAACUGUUAGCGCUUCCUGAUUGUUGCUGGCUUCUUAUUAAUUCAAGAUUGUUUUAAAAUUUUUGAGAGGA